CCUUGGCGGGAAUGGCGGCGCUCGCGCUGCGCCUUAUUCGCCUCACCUCAGGGACUCUUUGGAGACUAGUUUGUGAGGGAACCUGUCGCUUCCAACGCAUUUUCAGAACUUCUGCUUUUAGAGAGUCUGCUGACCUAUAGAUAUAUUUGGCUAGGAAUGAUGGCUGCCAUUGUUCAAUAUAGUCGAAGAUCACCAACUUUGUAAAGCCAGAAAGAAUGGGAAUGAGAAGUUUCGAUUACCUGAAAAAUGAUGGAGAAGACCACAAAAAGUACAAGGGGUGAAAAAGAACUGAAUUAGAUUCAAAUCCUCAAGAAUGGUGUGUGUGAUGCCAUAAAUGAAUAUGAGAUCUGGAUGGAGUGUAAGACGUGUACCCAUUGAAAACAAUGGCUCUCCCCCUGAAAAGAAAAGAAAAAACAAAACAAAAAUGAGAAUAUCUAGCUCCAGAGAGGUUUCUCUGCUAGAAUGAGACAGAAGGCCAAAGCUUCACAGGGACCACAGACCUGCCAGGAGGCUGAGCAGGGCGCGCUCUGCAUGCACCGGGUUCCCCUCCGCCCACCCGCCGGCCACCACGGCCCUUGCCUCUCCCCCCACCAGUCAUGGUGGGUCACUUGCAGCUGCAAGGCAUGGAAGACAGCCUCAAGGAGAAGAACCGGGAAGGUCUGCUCGAUAGCCCAGAUUCAGGGCUGCCCCCCAGCCCCAGCCCACCCUUCUACUCGCUGUCUCCAAGCCUCCUUGAGAACAGAGCUGGCAGCAGCAGUUCCUCUUCUACAGAUAUCCAGGCCCAUGGACCCAGGAAGGAUGGCAAGGAAGGCAAACUGAUCCCGUUCGUUCUUUUGAAUGCCUCAACAUCAGAUAUAAGGCCACGGAUGUACCCUGUGUUUUUUGGUGAAAGCAUAGAGGUCAACCCCGAACCAGUGCAAGAAAUAAGGUGCAACUCUGAAGUAAAAUAUGGCUCGGAAAGGCAUUACAGGGAUGAUGUCUUCUAUUGCCCAAUGCCCACGGUCACCACCUACCGGGAGACUGUCAUUGCUGCUCCCAACUGCACAUGGCGAAAUUACAAGUCUCAGCUGAUCUUCGAGCCCCGCCAAAAGCCGCUGAGGUUCCAGAGCACAACAAUCAUCUUCCCCAAACAUGCCAAGAACAUUUACCGGACCACACUCAACUACAGACUGGGAUCUGCCAAAAGGUGGUUUGCCUCAAGUGUUCAGCUGCAGCUCUGCGAAGAGAACAGCCCAUGCAUUGUCUACACAGAGAACCUUUAAUAUAAUAGCUUGCCUACUGAGAAUUUUUUCCCCACCAACAUCAAUGUAAGGCUAAGAUCCACACUGGAGGAAGAUACCUUGUAAGACUUCCCUGCCUUUACCUGAGGGCAUCCAUUAAGUGGCACCAGGGUUCUUAAUUCUCCCCGCCAUACAGUGUUGCAUCUAUACAACCCAAGUAUUUUCCCUGCCCAAGAAGCAGCCAAAGGAGAUAUUCAGAUGUGUCAAGUUUCUAAAACUGAAUUUUGGUACCUUUCAGGAAAGGAUUUAGGCUGCACUUAAAUGAAACCUGAACAGGAAGACCCUUCAGUUAUGUAUUUGCCAUUGAAGAACAGUCAGUGCUGCUUUUAAUGGGUUGGGGAAGGGCUUUUUGUAGCAUGUAGGGUGCUGUUGCCAGGUAUUUGUAGAAGACAGUUAGAUCAAAGAAAACGAUCUACUGUUCGGAAUUGAGUUUGCAAAGACAUGAGGUAGCUUGUGGCAGGUCAAAGCCACGGGAAACAUUCAUUUUAUCUUGCCAAUAUGACUAGAAGCCUAGCACAAUGGUCAUGAUGCCAUAGUUCUGAUCCAUAUACAAGGAGAAUGAAAAGGCAAAUGGCAGCUUUCUUUUUGCUGGUGGUGCAGAAUUCCCAAAGCACUUUGCAGGGACCAUUUUCAAAGCCGAGUGUUUAUCCCUUAGCCGAUAACUGCGUUUAUAAUGGAAGCCAAGAAGAAGAUCCUUUUGGCAGUGUCCACCUUCUAAGGUAGAUACACCAUUCCCCAGGUUUAGUUUAAUGUGUUGAGAAAGAAUGUACAUAUGAACUCAUUCCUAUCAGAGGCUGAUUUUUUUUACAAUUAUCUAAAAAUAAUUGCUUUAAAAAACAGUAACAAUAACAACAAUGUCUUGGGACCAAAGGCCUUUACUAUAGAAGGGCCAAGAGUUCCCAAAUAAGGAGCCUGGCUCCAUUGGGGUUAUCAGAUGGAAAAUGCAUUUGUUUGGAUUUGGAGGAUCACAAAUGAAGACCCCAUCUACACUGCCAUAUACAAUCCAGAUUAUCUGCUUUGAACUAGGUUAUAUGGCAGUGUAGAUUCAUAUAAUCAAGUUCAAACAGGUAAUGUGGAUUAUCUUAUUUGAUAAUCUGGAUGAUAUGGCAGUGUAGACUGGCCGUAGUCAAGAUGAAAUGGAUGGUUCUGGAAGUGGGUUUUUGAAGACAGAAUGAAGGGAAGCUGCCCAAGUUAGCACAAUUCUGCUUGCAAUACUCAACAGUGAUUUAGUCAAUGUUAACUGCUUUUAAAAAUUCAUUAUUUUAAAUAGUGAAAGGAAUAGAAUGAAACCAAGUUGUAUAUCUAAUGUGAAACAAUCAUUUGAUUUUCAUUAUGCUGCUUAAAAAUAUUGCUCUUUUCAGUAGAGCGCAACAUGCCCAUGGCUGUGUUCACAUACAAUGGUAAAGCAGGAUUCUGGAGAAUCCAGCUUUCUUGCUUCAAAUUGGCGACUAACCAACUUAGUUCAUUGCUCCCUGGAUUGUUGUGUCUCUGGCAAACCAGAAGUUAAAACAAGAGUUUGGUUUUGGUUUAUACUUUUUGAGUUGUUUGUGACCAACAGGCUACAAACCUCAAUUUGGAAAAGGCAUUAAUAGGUGUGUAGCUGCUCCCAGUGGUAGGAGUGCUUAAGAAGACGUAAAUGGAUGGCAUGCAAGAGUACGAAACUUAUUCUUGGUAAACCGGAAUUCUCCUUUACUCUUACUCUCAUGUGCCAAACAUAGCCUUAGCGGUCUGCUGCACAUGCAAUUCCCAACCACGGUCAACAAACUAGAUAUAUUGUUAUUCCCAAAAUCAUGUAUCUGCUAAUAGAAAGAGCAAUGCAAAUUAAUGGAGGAGGAAUCAUAUUCCAUGAGUUAAAAUUAAACCCUCUCUAGUCUGUCACAUUUACACAAUCUGGGCCAUUCUGGCCUCUUUUUCCUGCCUUUAAGGCUGUAAAUAGAAGUGACAGGUAUGCCUCAGUUUUUCAUAUUUGGAGAACUACUGUUGUCACAGAACCUUGUUCAGCGAUGAGGAGUGUAGUCUGGGCCUUCCUUUGUUUUCAUGGGAGAGAGUACAUUUCUGUCAAAUGUAAGAAGUGGUACAUUCUGCAUGGAUUCAGGAUAAAGAUGCCUUCGUUUUUGGUUCUGUGUCAAGAAUACUUCAGAAAUGUGAGGCAUGGGGGGGUGGUAAGUGAAAAGACAUGAUAUGGAAGCUCUUCACCCAUUCAGAAAAAAACCCAAAACCAAUUGCCAUUUGAUUCCUAUUGACUGAAGUCGGUAUGGCAAAACUCACAACAUCACAAACAUAAUAGCCAGCACUUACUUUAUAUGUUGCCAGACUCAGAAGGGUUGCAAAUUUAAAAAGUGAAGCUUUAUAUACCAUAGAAGACAUGAAUGCUAGCAGUAGGAUUGUACGAUUGCUUUUCUGUACUAUUUUAUAUGUAGGUUUGCCAAUAGCUAAAUGAACCAGUUUUUCAGAGAGCUUUUUGUACAUUUAAGGGAACUAUUUUUUUAAAAAUGGGAUGUUUUUAAGUAACAGAUGUUUAUAUAUUUAUUUUCUUCGUUCGAAGAUUGCUUGCUGUUCAGUCUGUGCAAAAUCUGCAUGGCCUUUAACAACAGGGACGCAAGAAGCGCACAUCUUGCCUGUCGUAGCUCUGUGUUAAAUCUCUCUUAACUGUGAUUUGGUAAAUGGCUAUUUUUCACAAAUGGAAAGGAGGAACUGUUACCAAAACCAACUGCAGUCCACAAAAAGCUGGAGCUAAUGUAUGAAACUGCUUUAUUUAUUGGACUACCUUACUAGUUUCUAAGGUUGCUGACCCAGCAAUAGCUCCCGGUUUGGCUUUCUCCAGCCUGAGAUCCAAUGGGUUCAGUCCAAUGGUGCCUUUCUGCUCACUCCUUGUAAAAGAAAGUUGUGCGAGAGAAGUGACUCUAUCCUUGAUCUCGAAGGGCAACUUUUUGCACAAGGAAAAACAAGAGAAUUGCUGCCGAUGGCACCCACCUAUUAGCGCUGGGAGAAUGCUUAAGCGUUUAUAGAAGCAACAGCAAUGGCUGUUUUUCCUUUCAAAAAAUUACCCUUCCCACUGGUUUUGGAAAUGAAUAUUUAUAACAGGGAGAUGGAAUGGCUGGGGUUGGGAUGGGGAUGGAGGGCAUUGUUUCCAUCACUCUUUUGUGAAGUGAAAAGUUGCGGAGAAGAUUUCAGGGAGGGUUUCGUUCAUCUCUUCCUUUUGUGUGUGCUAAUUUGUAUUCCUUGAAAAUAAGUGCAGUAAUGUCUAUAAACUGUAGAGUCCGUGAGAAGAAAGGCAUGAGUUAUUUGCUGUUUAAGAUAGAAGUCUUAGUCUUAGGCGAUCCCUCCUUGUCCAAGUAUGAUGGCCUUCCAAGUGUAGUGUCUUGGCAGUGGAUACGUAGGUGGUUGUGGAGCUCUAUUCUUGAUCCGCAGGUUCUUCCACAGUGAGGACAUCAGUUUCCAGGUGGCAGGCGGUCCUGGUCAUGUUAAGACAGUUAAGACAGAAGAGACUGCAUGUGGAAAUAGCAAAGACAGUCUUGGAGGAAAGAGAAAGUAUUGAUACGAAAUGAAGGCGGAAAAGGGCAUCUUUAGCACUGAAAUGUAAGUACAGACAUGGGGAGUUCUGAAUGUGAUAUUUGGUGUAAUUGUUUUAUGAACAUCUCCAAAAGAUAUCUUGUGGCAAUGGGAACAGUCCCUUCUAUUUAAUAGGAUGGCAGAUGUUGCUAGCCUUGGAUAGCAAGAACUGAGGGCACAUCAACACAAAAAUAGACUCAGGGCCCUUCUACGCUGCCAUAUAAUCCAAAAUAUCAAGACCGACAAUCCACAUUAUCUGCUUUGAACUGGAUUAUCUGAUUCUACACUGCCAUAUUAUCCAGUUCAAAGCAAAUAACCUGGAUUUUAUACGGCAGUAUAGAAGGGGCCUCAAAUAAAGAUGCCAAAGCAGAUUUGAUCCCAGAGCAGUGCAAACCUUUGACAAAACGACAUAUUUGCCCAGUCCCUUUGGAUUGCACAUCAUCACACCAUUUAAGGUUGGGAAUAUCAGGCAACAAGGCCAUUUACAAGUUGUUUUAAACGCCUUUGUCUCUUCAGUUAUUUUUCAUUCUCAGAUCCAAUAAUUCUGUUCUUUAGAAGAUUUAAAUUAAAGUGGCUUGUCCAUUCUCGGUAACUACAUGUUUAGAGGAUUUAAAUUAAAGUGGUAGAAUGCAUUCGGCAUAGAGGUAUUAUCUACCUGUAGAAUAAAGGACGUUUUCCUGUUUAAAUUAGUGAAUGCAACUUUGAGUUAUAUGCAAAGUUUAAGAAAAAUCCCUGGGCAGUCACAUUUAUUCAAUAUGCACAACUCCAAUUUUCCAAACAGGCCUGCCUGGUAAAUAUGUUAAACUUUCCAUGAACCUGGUUUAAAUGAGACACUAGAUGCUGUAUGCUUCAGGUUUACUUAAACACUUCUUGGAGAUGCAAAGGGCUUUUGAGUAAAUUCAUUACCAUUUUUAAAAGAGUUGAUUCAAUGUAACUCCAAGCCAUGGUUGGCACAAACCUUGAUUUCGAUCUUUGGGGCAUUACUUCAAAACAUGGUUUGUAUAGGUUUCUCCUUUCCUCAGAUUCCCCAGGCAAUAUCUGAAACAGCAGCAUCUUCAGGCGGUGCAGUUUUCUAAACUAUGAUUUGUUGGUUCAUAUUUUGGACACAAACCCGGAUUUGCCAAAAUCAUGUUUGUAAACCAGCUUCAGGUUGCCAUUUCGGAUCCUUGUUUGGCAGUUGCUUGCAAACCGCAUCACCGUUUUCGCAGAUCAGUGGCGAAUGAUCUUACAAUGUUGGGCUCUUUUCUAUUUGUCUUCGCAAAUGCUACCGGGAUCUGUGGGAAGCCAAACUUAAUUUCCAGUGUGUUGAAGCAAGCAGUGGAAGCGUAUUCUGUGGUCAGAGAGAAAAACAGGAAAUCGCUAAUGGUUCUUUGGACAUGGAUGUGUAAUUUUUUAUAGCUCUGCUCUUUCUAUGUGCUUAUAAAAGUAUUUCUGCUGUUUUAUAUGUUGUAGUAAGGUAUUUUGCAGUGCCUUUUUUAUUUUUUUAUAUAUAUAAAAUAUGCAUAUCCCCAUUCCCUCUUCAAUAAUGCCUUUCUGUUCAACGAAUAGAAAAUAAUUUAAGGGCUUUUUAAUGCUAAGACAACGUAUAUAUCUUAAUAAAGUGACGGAAUGUGC